AUGUAACCACCAAUUUUUGAAAGUUAAUUAGAUCCUGAAGAAAUGGAAACAUGGCUUGCAGAAGUAGAAUUAGUACAUGAUAAAAUAUAAAAAUUGUCAACCGAUUAAGUAUAUUUAAUUAAUAAUUUCAAGGUGAAUUUUAAAGAAGAUGAUGAAGAGAUUAUGAAGAUAAGAUAAAAACNUUUAUUCUGGUGGAAAGGAGAUGUACUUAAAUUAAUGAGAAUUUAGAGAGAUCUCAGGAAGUGGAAAAUACCAUACUUCCUUUGA